AUGGACAUGAAAUUGUUGUUGAUUUGUGCCCUGAUCGCCGCUGUGGCCGCCGAUGUCAGCCACUUGCCCAGCAACCAAUAUCUGCCCCCUGGACACGGUGCCGCUUCUGCUCCAGUGGCUUCCUACUCAGCUCCUAGCUUUGCAGUAGAAGCUUCUGCCCCAGAGCCAUCGUACAGUGUGGCUGCUUCGGCUCCAGCUGUCUCCUACUCUGCUCCAGCCCAGACUUACACUGCUGCUGCUUCAGCUCCUGCCGUCUCCUACGCUGCUCCAGCUCAGUCAUACUCUGCUCCAGCCCAGACCUACACCGCUGCUGCUUCAGCUCCUGCCGUCUCUUAUGCUGCUCCAGCUCAGUCAUACUCUGCUCCAGCCCAGACUUACACCGCUGCCGCUUCAGCUCCUGCCGUCUCCUACGCUGCUCCAGCUCAGUCGUACUCUGCACCCGCUCAGUCCUACUCUGCCCCAGCUGCCAGCUACAGCGUUGCCGCUUCAGCUCCUGCCGUCUCCUAUGCUGCCCCUGCUCAGUCGUACUCCGCUCCCGUUCAGUCCUACUCUGCCCCAGCUGCUAGCUACAGCGUUGCCGCUUCAGCUCCUGCUGUUUCUUAUGCUGCCCCAGCUGCCGUUGAGAGCUACGAGGAAGCAGCUUCUGCCCCAGCUCACACCUUCUCGGCCACCGAUGGUUACCGUUACAAGACCCAGCGUCGUCGCGUCAUUCGUCGCCACCGUCGUGAUGUGAGCCACUUGCCUUCCAACGACUACCUGCCCCCUGUUCAGGGUGCUGCCUCCGCACCAAGCAGCGAGUACCUGCCACCUGUUGCCGCUUCUGCCCCAGUUGCCUCAUACUCUGCUCCAGCUCAGACUUACACCGCUGCCGCUUCAGCUCCUGCCGUCUCCUAUGCUGCCCCUGCUCAGUCGUACUCUGCUCCAGCUCAGACCUACUCCGCCCCAGCUGCUAGCUACAGCGUUGCCGCUUCAGCUCCUGCUGCUUCCUAUGCUGCCCCCGCUGCUGUUGAGAGCUACGAGGAAGCCGCUUCUGCCCCAGCUCACUCCUUCUCGGCCACCGAUGGUUACCGUUACAAGACCCAGCGUCGUCGCGUCCUCCGUCGCCACAGAUAUUGA